AUGCAUAUCUUCAAUCUGUGUUAAAUAUCUUGUUUGGUCGAGUUAGUCUAGAGUUACCUUUCUGGAUUGAAGCUGUACAUGUAAAAAUGUUAAUGCAAACUAGUUUCCAAAAGCGGAAUAUAUAUGUUUUAUUAGUAUUAGUUGCAAUAGGUACAUAUUUGAUGAUGCAGUUUAUACCAAAAACGCCACCGGCGGCACCCGAAGAAUUGUGUACAAACACUAGCACACCCUCCGUGUAUACCAUAUGUACAUGGGAGGUAAAACAUGACAUGGGUAUUUCCGGAGAAAUUCACAGAACAGGACAAUGGGAGCCGCAUAUAACACAAAAAUUAUACAGUGUACUCAAACAAGAUAGAAAAAUAACAUUUGUCGAUAUUGGUGCAAAUAUUGGUUAUUUUAGUUUACUGGCUGCUUCAGCAGGGCAAGUGGUAGUAUCAGUGGAGCCCUGGAAACAAAAUAUUCAAAAGCUGCAACAAUCGAUUAGCAAGAACAAAUUGGAAGGCAAGAUAACUAUUUUGAAUAAUGCUGUUUCAAAUGAUCGGCGGGUGAUACGUAUCAACGCUCCAUAUAAGGAUAAUAAAGGUGCUACAAGAGUUGUUUUUGAUGCAACAGUCACUGGUCCCAAUGUUUUCUCAGCUGCAACUAUUACCUUAAACGAUUUGUCGAACUAUAUUCAUACCAAAGAUGUCGUCAUUAAAAUAGACAUAGAAGGAAAUGAGUGUAGAGCACUAGAGAAGUCGGACCAAAUAUUUGAUGAAUUCAAUGUUUUAUUCAUAUCUAUGGAAUGGGACGUAAUGAAGAGAUUUGAAAAUAAUGCUGACACCGCUUGUCCACCUGAAAACAUACAACAGAUGGUGGAAAUGUUGACUAAUCGGGACUUUGUACCUUACGGCUUUUCCAAUAAUUUACCUCUAAAUCCUGUAGAAAAUAAAAAAUGGACAGAAGUCGAUAUAUAUUGGAAACCAAAAAACGCCGUACGCUAAGAUAUAGUGGCAAAGCUCUACAUAAUUCAAAAACAAGAUAAAAUGUAUGUCUUUAAAUGGGGAACUUAUCAUUAACACUACGGGCUGUAAUAUGGGGUCUCAGCUAUUGGGUUUCUCUUAACACAAGGAAAAUGCACUAUAUUAGUUUUGUCAGUAUUAAUACUAACUUUUGCUAAUCAGUUAAAGGGAGGCUACAUAGGUUAUUGACUUAGUAACUUCCUAUUUUAUAUUUGAUAAUAUAUUUUGUGGAGACCAGCGCAGAUACAACGGGAUUUUCUGCUGAAUACUAGUCGAGAUAUAUUCCCGUGUUCAAUUGAUAAACUGUCGUAACUGCUUUUGUUAUUGUCGUUGAUAAACUAAAGCUUUUGUUACAUACAUGUUACUUAACUUGUUGUCUUUGUUACACUUUUUACACAGUCAUGUUUAGCCAUUGUAUUUUAUUAAUACUGCCAUAUUUCUUCAGUUCUGCAUUUGCGUGUUGAUGCCGUUAUUGUACCAAAGUUCUUGCCAUUCCUUCACAUAACAUGUUGGUAUUUUUACCGAAAUAUCAUUUCCACUGAUACAUUGAACUAUACAUACGAGUUUGUGUAUAUAUAUGUCGUUUCUUUCUCAAAAAUGUUAUAACCGUAACAACAUAAAUGUUAUUACAGUCACUAUACACAUGUUGUUGGCUUUGUAACAUUUGCGUUAUUACCAGUGCUGCAAGAUGGCCUAUUUUCUUUGCUACUACCUUGCAGUUACAGAGACAAUUUCAGCCAAACAAUUCAAUCGUUACAUUGAGAAUAAACAUUGAACAUGAA